CCGUACGGCCGCCGGGCUCCUCCGCUGUGCGUGCGAGGGACGUCGGGGGCGGCGCCGCAGCAGUUACCCCUGGUAACGGGGGAGGCCGGAGGAGGCGGAGGAGGAGGAGGAGGGACUCGGCGUGAGGAUGGGCUUGCUCUCCAUUUUGCGCAAAUUGAAAAGUGCACCAGACCAGGAGGUGCGAAUCCUGCUCCUGGGAUUGGAUAAUGCUGGCAAGACCACCCUGCUGAAGCAGCUUGCGUCUGAAGACAUCAGCCACAUCACACCCACGCAGGGUUUUAACAUCAAAAGUGUACAGUCACAAGGUUUUAAACUGAAUGUAUGGGACAUUGGUGGACAGAGGAAAAUCAGACCGUACUGGAGGAGUUAUUUUGAAAAUACCGACAUCCUCAUAUAUGUAAUCGACAGUGCAGACAGAAAAAGGUUUGAAGAGACGGGCCAGGAACUGACCGAACUACUGGAGGAAGAAAAGCUCAGUUGCGUGCCAGUCCUCAUCUUUGCUAACAAGCAAGAUCUGCUCACAGCGGCCCCGGCCUCGGAGAUUGCAGAAGGAUUGAACCUACACACCAUCCGUGACCGAGUCUGGCAGAUCCAGUCCUGCUCAGCUCUCACAGGAGAGGGUGUUCAGGAUGGCAUGAACUGGGUCUGCAAAAAUGUCAAUGCAAAGAAGAAAUAAAAUCUGGACGAAUGGAGACGCGGGAGCCACAGGAGCUGAAUUCCGUCCUGAAAAACACUGAUUUGCUGCUUUCUGACCAAAUGUUUUUCCAUCUGUGUACCGCUACAGCUGUUUGAAGAGAGGGAACAACACAGUUUCAAAAGAAUCCCCAUUCCAGCAGUAGAUUUUAACUGAUCUCAGAGGUUCAGUAUCAUUUUUCAAAUAAAGGAAUUAUAUUAUUUCCUCUGCAUAAUUGAAAUAGUAUUAAAUGUCUCAAAGCACAUGAUUAGAAAAUGAGAUCUUUUAAAUGAGCAAGAGAUUGCAUUGCAGUUUAGACAAUUCCAGUGGGCUUUUUUCUUUCUUUUUUCUUUUUUUAAAGGAGGGUGGAGAAGCUGCUUAUGCUGAGUUCCUUUAUUUCCUGACCUGUCCUUCCGCUGCCUCAGUGGUGGGAAGCCACAGACAAUAUUUGCUGCUUCUGGUCAGUGAUUUCUUUUUUUCCCCAUCCCCAACUGCUUCAGUCUGUCCAGAAGGAUGCUGCUGGGGGAGGUGAGGGAUAGCAGAUGAUUAAACCAUCUUGUCAUGCAGGUAAGAGACUAUGUAAUCCUCACUCCUUGGGCAAAAAAAAAAAAAAAAAAAGAAAGAAAGAAAGAAAGAAAACGUCCUUGCAAAUGAGUCACUGCAAAAACACCCCAGCUCCAGGUCCCCCAGCCGCACAAGGAAGCAAAUUCUUACGACUUUUGACUGUAAUGACAUCUGGAAUGUAAGGAGAGCUGGGAGGUUUAAUUCCAGAAAAAAAAUUACAAGGUCCUUAAAAAGCCCUCACAUGGAGGGCUCAGGCUAGCGUAAACAGGCUUUCUCCAGUUCAGUGGAGCAGGGAGCCGCCGACUCUGAGAUUAGCCGACUUCUCCACUGCAGUCCUAUAGAAGGGAUUUCUAAAGCUCAAAGAAUUCUGUGUUUAAAUGAUCACAAUGGGCUGCUGCUAUCAGAUUUUAAAAAUAAAUGCAGCUUUGCCAUGAACCUGCUCCACUGAGAAACGCCAGGCAGAUCGAUUUUGAGAAGAGAUCAAUUUUUCUAGUGCUGGCAACUCAGUGGUAUGGGAUGCUCCCGGGUGGAGAACAUUUCUGCUGGGAGGACACAGGAUGUGAUCGCAGGGGCUGUGCUCAGGGACGUCAGCCACCUCAUGCUGGCCUCCCCUGCCUCUCUCCAGCAAAACGUGUCCUCUGUUGAUCGAUAGGGAAGAAUGACAGAAGCGUUCCUCUGCCCUGCGCUGCACGAAGAGCUUGUUUCCGUGAGCCUUCAGAAAUCUCAGCCUCAAACCCCGACAGCGGCCGGAGUACCGCUGCUCCUGAAUUGACCUCUGUUUUGGGCCUGAGCUCAGGGCUUUUCAGAGAAUGAAUAAGAGACUGUCCAGUGCUUGGAGGGUCCUGGGAAGCCAGCUGCCUUCUCCUCCUAAGAGGUAGCCCUUUCCAAGCCCACCAAGACAUGGCAGCAGGCAAAAGGCCGCUGAAACUCCUGGCCUUCAGUACCUGGCUUUUCCUGGACAAGACUCGGGCUAGAGAGAGAAGCCUGGCCAGUUUCAAAGGCAGCCUGGAGUAAAAGCCACUAACGAAGGGUGCCCUGGGGUUGCUGCGGACAGACCUGUAAGAGCUUGCAAGACAAAAGGUGAGGUUUUCAAACCUCCUGUCUGGUCGCCCUCUGGGACCUUCUCUCUCUUCCUCUUCUUGAGAUCACCCAGGGCUCCUCUUGCCCUACACAGUGACAAAACCGAGCAUAAGGAAUCCGAAAUGCCCCGUCUGCCAGGGGGCAAAUAUGGCUUUGGCCCAAAAAUUUGUUUUCCCUUCUAAGUAGCACAUCAAGGAUGUUAUCUGAAGGGCCAAAUACCUACCGGCCCUGAAGUCUGUGAUUUUAGAACUCUGCAGUGUACAGUCUGUAAAGUCUGUUUGGCCGCUAGCUCCCGACUUCAGGAACUAUUCUAAAGAACCACCGCCGGGCCCCAGCUAGCAAGGCAGAGCCACUUGCCCCCUGAUAAUGGCCUCUGUGAAUGUCCACAUUUGCUUUUCAGCUAGAGACACAAGAGGCAGACUUUCAUCUUCCCUGUGAUCCCGGUUGAACCCUGGGUGUGUGUGUGUGGCAGGGGUAGGCUCCCAGGAUAGAAGAGAGGAACCUGAAAAACGCAGAGUUUGAAAGCUCCCAUUUGUAAAAACAAAAUGCUUUUUAAGUAUCCUUUCCUCUUUACAGUGCCACCCCUGUGACCAUGACCAGAGGACAGAGUCUGAAGCUAGAAGGGGAUGCCCUUCUUCCCCCCACCCACCCCCCAUUCCCGUUUCCCUCAUUCCAGUGAGCCCUAGUAAGACUUUCGCUCCGCGCACGAUUGCCUCUGAAUGUGCAGGGGGAGAGGGCUGGGGGCAGAGGCCAAGCAACGCCCCGUAAUAUGCACUCAAGCCAGCUGUGGGAAAAACUGAGUCCUCCCCUCCUCCCACCCGCCCCUUGUGGCUGCUUUUGGCUGGAUUCCCUGCGCCCAGUGCAAUACACCCUUUCCCCUUGCUCUCCCUUGGUUACUAUGGAAACAAGGGUGUCAUUGAUGUGGGCUGAGCUGGGGAACAUGUCGGUGCACAGCUGAAAGUCAGCGAUUAUGCCGGCGGUUAGCUCUGCAGUGGGGUGGAGAAGCCCGUAGCCCAGGAUGCCGCAGGCCAAGUCCUGCCGCCGCCCUCCUCUUCCUCCAUGUCCACUUCUCCUUCCCCUGGCUUUUGGCGAUGUCUUUAUUCCCCUCUGGACUAAAGUGGUAGCUAUUUUUGUGCCACUGUGCGCCCCACCCUCACUGUUGGCUGUCCCUUAUCCGGCCUGGCUUGGAGGGUGACACCAUGUCCCUCUCGCUAGGAUCCAUCCCUCCAUCCCCAUCUCAGCGUGCUUUGAUUUCUCUCUCCUUCUGGGGGACGCUCCUUACUUGCUUUUAUUCUUAGCUCUGCUCUCUGUGGUUUCAGGGUUCAGUGUGAUCCAUCGAAAGGUUCUUUUUUUAUAGUCCCUUUUGAAAAUGAUAAUCAAAGGAAGGGACGUGGUGUUUGGUCAUGUGGAAAGCUCAAUGUAUAAUUUAGAUGCCUGUCAAAAAUGCGACAAAUAAAAUGUAGCUGAAAUGAA